GACCUGAAGUUUCAGUGUAGCCAGCAAGCUAGUGAAAUUGUUAAGUCAUGGAGACCAACCAGGAGACUUCCCUCUUUUUGGUGAAGAUUUUGGAGGAACUGGACAGCAAGCAAAACACCGUUUCUUAUCAGGACCUGUGCAAAUCGCUGUGCGCCCGCUUCGAACUGUCGCAGCUCGCCAAGCUGAGAAGCGUGCUCUUCUACACGGCUUGUCUCGACCCCAAUUUUCCAGCCACGUUAUUCAAAGACAAGAUGAAAUGCACCGUGAAUAACCAGCAAUCAAAGAAAAUCAUGGUGGCAGCAGACAUUGUCACGAUAUUCAACCUGAUCCAAAUGAAUGGGGGAGCCGCCAAGGAGAAGCUGCCCACCAGCCGUCAGAAGGCGCGCAGGAAGGAGGCGUCCUUCGAGUCGUGCAGGGUGGACGCGGAGACCUGCAGCGCGGCUGAGUGUGAGCCUCUCAACUGCGAGCUGAGGGACAGGCCUUUUAGCCGGGGGUACCCCACCAGGCAGUCGUCCAAGUGCCGGAAGAUGGACUGCAAGGACUGCCCGCAGUUUGUCCCCUCCUCGGAGCCCAACUUCCUGCUGGGUGUCAGCAAAGAGGUGAAAAACCGCGCGGCUUCCUUGGACAGGCUGCAGGCCCUGGCCCCCUACUCUGUCGCCAGCCCUCAGCCCUGUGAGAUGCAGAGGACCUACUUCCCCAUGAACAUUGAGAACGAGUCCAUCUCAGACCAGGACUCCCUGCCCCUCAACCAGGGCAUCAAGGAGACUUUCAUUUCCAACGAGGAACCGUUUGUGGUCCAGUCCUGUGUGCAGAAAAGGAACAUCUUCAAGGAGGACUUUCACAAUCUGAUGGCAGUGUCCCCCAGUAUGGUUGGCCCCACCAGCAAAGCAGAGGGUGAGGAUGGGGAACCCCAGAGGCGAAAGGACCUUCACAAGCCCCCCUUCUUUAACCACAGCUUCGAAAUGCCCUACAACAGCCAGUACCUGAACCCAGUGUAUUCCCCUGUUCCUGACAAAAGGCGAGCAAAGCACGAAAGCCUAGACGACCUUCAAGCCUCUACAUAUUUCGGACCCACCCCAGUAAUGGGAACCCAGGAAGCCCGGCGCUGUCCUGGGAGGCCCAGCAAGCAGACCCCGUGGCCAGCCAAAAGCUGGAGCCUAAACACGGAGGAAGUCCCUGACUUUGAACGAUCCUUUUUCAGUAGAAAUCCCUCUGAGGAAAAGCUACGCUAUCCAAACCCCAGCAGCCAGACCCCUAAUUUCCCAGCCCCAGACAGGCGCCCAGCUUACCUCUCGCCAAAGGAUCAGCAGCAGAUUCUGCCUGUUGGCUACGCUGCGAAACCAAAUGGGCUCAAAGCUAAAGAGAUGCCCUCCCCGGUCGACCUGGAGAAGCACGAACCCGUGAAAAAGUUCAAGGACAAGAGCAUCAGCUGUACCAGUGGGCAGCUCAGCUCAGACACCAGCAGUGUAGGCACCCAGACCGAGCAGCACGUGCUGGAGCCCAAAAAGUGCAAAGAUCUGGGCGCAUCCGGGCAGGCCAAGUACAGCGACAGACUCGCCAUGAAGCACUCGGACGACGAUUCGGAGGUCGUCAGCGACGACAUCAGCGACAUCUUCCGUUUUCUUGACGACAUGAGCAUCAGCGGCUCCACCGGGGUGAUACAGUCGUCCUGCUACAACAGCACGGGGUCCUUGUCUCAGCUUCACAAGUCAGACUGUGACAGUUCUCCUGAGCACAACUUAACCAAAAUAGCCAAUGGGGUUCCCAACAGCAAGGGAGAGAAGGGCACCCGGCUGGAAAACAGCCACCACUCGGAAGAAGAGCUGAAGAGCAGCGUGUGCAAGCUGGUGCUCAGGAUCGGCGAGAUCGAACGCAAGCUGGAGUCGCUGUCGGGUGUCCGCGAGGAAAUCUCCCAGGUCUUGGGCAAACUGAAUAAGCUGGAUCAGAAAAUGCAGCAGCCAGAGAAGGUGAGCGUGCAGAUCGAUCUGAACUCUCUGACCAGCGAGGCUCCGUCUGAUGACAGCGCCUCGCCUCGAAUGUUCCGCGCACACAGCGGCUCCCACGGCCCCAAGCUGGAGAGCAGCGCCGACUGGUGCUGCUCCGACGCCAGCGGGAGCAACAGCGAGAGCCUGCGUGUGCAGGCCUUAAAAAAAAGCCUCUUCACCAGGCCGUCCUCCAGGUCCCUGACGGAGGAGAACAGCGCCACCGAGUCCAAAAUCGCCAGCAUCUCCAACUCACCCCGGGACUGGCGCACCAUCACCUACACCAACCGCGGGGGCCUCAGCGAGGAAGAGAUAAAAGACGCCGGCCCAGGAGAUAAUAAGGACUGGCAUCGAAAGUCUAAAGAGGCAGACAGGCAGUACGACAUCCCCCCGCAGCACCGACUACCCAAGCAGCCCAAAGAAGGCUUCCUGGUGGAGCAGGUGUUCAGCCCUCACCCCUACCCUGCCUCCCUCAAAGCACACAUGAAGAGCAACCCCCUGUACACGGACAUGCGGCUGACCGAGCUGGCCGAGGUGAAGCGGGGCCAGCCUUCUUGGACCAUCGAGGAGUAUGCACGGAAUGUGGGCGACAAGGGCAAGCUGACAGCCCUGGACCUGCAGACACAAGAAUCUUUAAACCCAAACAACUUAGAAUAUUGGAUGGAAGAUAUUUAUACUCCAGGCUACGAUUCAUUACUAAAACGUAAAGAAGCUGAAUUCAGACGAGCCAAGGUCUGCAAGAUUGCUGCUCUGAUUGCGGCUGCCACGUGCACUGUCAUCCUCGUCAUUGUCGUGCCCAUCUGCACGAUGAAAUCAUGA